GGCACAGCAUUGCUGACUGUGGACCAAAGGCGCUGGCUCGACUUGAAGGGCCGAAUUAAGCUAACGCAGCCAUUGCACAUACCUCCUCGACCAAGUGAGCUGACUGAUAUUUCGGAAAAUUUACAUCUUCUUUUUUUGUUCCUCUUCCCCGUCUGCUCACUCAGAGCAGUCAACUUUGAGUUACGUCAGGAACCGGGCCAAACCCCAUAUACACCGGUCACCAGUACACUGGAAGGCCAUUUGGUCCACUUCAAGUGCCUGAUGUAUGACAUAACGCAACACUUCGCCUUCAAACGGGCUUCGGCUAUUUUGGUGCUGGCCAAUUGCGGUCUUCUAUUCUUUCCUGUAAGUUUUGUCUGGCACAAUUCUAGGCAAGCGUCUUCCACGCCAGACUCUGGCUUAUUCGCCUAA